CAGUCGGCCGGCCGGCGCGGGCACGGGCGGCGCUCCGGCGGCAGGGGCGAGGGACCGGUCACAGGUCACAGGUCGCAGGUCACGGGUCACAGGUCACAAGUCGCAGGCUAAGGAACAAACAGGUUACUGGUCACAGGUUUCAGGAUAGGUUUCAUGUCCUAAAUCGCAUCACGAAGCUCUUUUAGUUCAAGGUCACGGGUCAAGCCAAGGCUCCUGACCUACGUGGCAGACAGACUCAGACGCCUCCCAGCAGUGAAGUGAACUUCAGGUCAGCAGUGUUCGGCCUGCUGCUGCCCGGAGGUAUCCGGUGGAGGUCUGCCGCUAUUCCUGGCCGAUACUGGAGAACGGCAGAGUCCUCUCAGAAGCAGCAUCAAUUCGGUCAUACUCCAGGCCAGACUCUGGUCAUCAAGUGGAAAGCACUGGACGGUGCAGCUGUCAACGUCUUUUCACAUGAAAGGCAUAUGGAGAAGAAUAGGAAAGAAGAGCCUGAAACUUGCUAGGCGAAGCAGUUCCACGGAGAAUGGGAGCGGAACAUCUGCCCACCUAGUGGUGGUCGAGGACUCGCCGACUCUGGACUCAGAAAUAGAGGGAACACUGGUCGACGGUAUAACUGAUCUCAGCCCAGGGGGACAGGACGAGGGAAAGGCGCCGACACAGGGCACAAGAGCCAUGGAGCCAACAACCAGCCUGGACAAGAUGAUACCGGAGGAGGAGGAACUCGAUGGGGACGGUGAUGAGGACGCUGAGGAGGCGGAGGACGCUGAGGACCAGGAGGAAGGAACAGCGCCCGUCUCCCUCGCGCCGGCUACCUCCGAGGAGAACCUGGACAGCGACGGUGCCGGCAGCUACAGCUACGGCACACAGUUCACGUUCCACGGCGGUCUGUACGGCUACCCGGUGGCUGUGGUCCGCCGCCGGCUGGCCGCCGUGCCCGUCAUCAAGGGCUACACCAUGACCGAUGUCGACUUCCCGCUCUACUUCUCCAGCUACGACAUCCCGGUGGUGAGCGCCAGCCGCCACGCCAGCUUCACGCGCCGCCACCGUCUGGUGCGCCUCCACAACCGGUACACCUCCAUGCCGGCAAUGCGCACAGAGCGGUCGAUCUCACGCACCGGUACCCUGGUGGCGACCGGAGGAAGCUCAGGUGCACAGGUGGCGCCGCCGGCCGAGGAUGAGCCCAAACCGCUGACGGCCAAUGGACCGUAAACUUUGGCAGGUGAUGCGGUAGCUAGCAACCAGCUAUCUUCAGCCUCCAGGAGGCGAGCUGGCAGUUAACCCGCGCCCUGCUUGUGGUUUUUCGCGAAUAUCUCUAAAACGGCGGCGCGGAGCGCCGCCGUUUUUGGUACACCUUAUCAUACAUCAAUUCUACACAUGUUGUAAAAAUUUCAGACCAAGGUCAUUCAAGGUCAGGUCACCAGGUCACUUGAAGUGAACUCACCUCAUAAAAAGUUUCAAUGUCUGUCAUAGCUACACCGAGUGACCGAUCGUUUUGAAACUUUCAGCGAUUGCUAAGAGCAAUAGCAUGUACAAAAUGUAUAUCUCAGAAUUUUGAUAUCGAUGACCUAAGGUCAGAUCAAUUUUGCGACCUCCCCAUUAUAAGUCAAUGGGAGAAAAUUGAAAUGCGCCUCUUUUGGACGAAAGACAUUAUAAACACUCCCAAACACUGAAUUACAAGUGGUUUAGACACACUGAACAUGAAAAUGGUGUCCGUGACCCCUGUUUAUGCCCUGAGGUCAUCUUAGGUCACGAAUGGUAUCUAACAGUUUUUCGCAAAUAACUUUUGAUAGAAGCAUGCUAGAGCGAUGAAAACGCCUUAGAUGUGUUCAGCUCGACGAUACGGAUCGACUGAUAUGCAACAUGACCCUUUCCGGUCAGGUCAUGACCUUGACCUGAGGUCAAAUUUUCAAGUUGACCUUUCAAGGUCAAGUUAUAGUUCAUUCGAUGCGUCUUGACGAGAGGAACACGAUGCCGGUAAAAGUAAGCUCGUAUAAGGCUUGGGUCAAAAGUUAUUGCAGAAAAGCUUUCCGAAAAAAUCGGCUAUUUUUGCAGUUUUUGCCCCCUGCAGGCAAAACCGUUGACGUUAGGUCAAAUCUGAGAGUAUUACUCAGAAAGGGCGUUAAUAGGGCUAUCGAAUGCGCUUUUCCGCGGCGCUGUAGCUCUAUUGGUUCCCGAGUUAUGCGUUGGCUUCUUGGAAAUUGUCGACAUUCGACCUGGAAAUCGGCAAAAUUUUGCCUUCAAUGACCUCUGGUGACCUGACCUUUGACCUGACCAAAAAAUUGACCGAAGUGAUUUCCUCAUUAUUUUUGACGCUCUUUCGAACGCCGCCUUCCGCGUAUCGCUACGUGGCCCAGGAGCCGAGUUAGAAGGGGGGGGUGUUCAAACACCCCCCCCCCCCCCCCAGCAGGGCGUGGAAAUCCAGGACCCCCAGCAGGGCGCGGGUUAAUGGAUGAAACUGCAGCGAUGUCUUCUUAUAAGACGAAGAUGUUCUUCCGUACCUUGCGAUGAUCUCUCUUUAAUCCAAAGUCUUCUUUAGUCAGAUCGACAGAAUUAUCCGAGUGUAAAUAAGCGAAGUAUAGUAGAAUACAUCCAUAACAUCCUAUGGAUCGGAAGAAAUAGUUCAACGCAUAUACUUUCCAUCUCCAAUGUUAAAAACGACGCUAGGAUAACAUCAGCAAUGUGAAAGAGGUGUUAUGAUUUCCGACCGACUGAUAACAAAGCCUUCCAGCUAUUAUCAGCUUUGUCAGAAAAAGGCAUCUACCACGCAGUGAGACGGUCCUGUGCACUGUGCAUGGCCUGCUGUUCCUUCCGAUGACGGGCCAUACCACUCAUCCAUGGCCCGUGCAGCCACUCUGUCAUGUUGGUUCUCCAGACCUGGUGGUGCCCACGAAGAUAGGCCGAGGCAUCAACUACAUGUACGCGAUCGAUGUGCUUUGCUGUUGUCGCUUCUGCUGUAUGUAUCAGUAUGUUGUCCGUGAACUGAUCGGCGGCUAAGGUCAAACAGAGUUUCGCGUUUCGUGUUAUGAUUACCGAGUCUACUAGAUAUUGGAGCAGAAAUGCUAGGAAGCUUAGAUGAAAUGUGGGCAAGCUAUUUUGUGCGGGAAAUUGCGUUAAUGAAUUACGCUCUGACAGUCUGGGCAAUAAAUAAUUAAUUUGUUAAA